AAAGCGAGAGUCAGGAAGGUUGGGGACUCCGGUGCCUGCAGAGGAGACGCGAGAGCAGUAGGAGGCCCGGGAGCCACAGGUCAUCUCGAACAUUCCAAAUACCUACCAUUACUUGAUGCUGUUGAUAAAUUCAGGAUGGCUUUAAACUCAGGGUCACCACCAGGUGCUGGACCUUACUAUGAAAACCAGGGAUACCAACCGGAAAACCUCUACUCCUCACAGCCUGCCAUGGCUCCCAACCCCUAUGCAGUGUACCCGGCUCAGUACUACCCGUCCACGGUUCCCCAGUACGCCCCGAGGGUUGUAACCAGUGCCUCGACUCCCACUGUCAACGUGCGGCCCAAGUCCCUCGGGGGAACCACGUGCAGCUCAAAGACUAAGAAGGCCCUGUACAUCACUGCUGCCCUGGGCACCAUCCUCGUGGGAGGUGUGCUGGCCAUUGUCUUGCUCUGGAAGUUCAUAGAGAACAAGUGCGUGGACUCCCAGAUGGAGUGUGGCUCCUCUGGCACCUGCAUCAGCCCCUAUCACUGGUGUGACGGCAUCUCACACUGCCCCCACGGGGAGGACGAGAACCGCUGUGUUCGCCUCUAUGGACCAAACUUCAUCCUUCAAGUGUACUCUUCUCAGAGGAAGUCCUGGCACCCCGUGUGCGAAGAUGACUGGAGUGAGAGCUACGGGCGGGUGGCGUGCAAGGACCUGGGCUACAAGAAUAGUUUUUAUUCUAGCCAAGGAAUAACAGAUGACACUGGUGCCUCAGACUUUAUGAAACUGAACAAAAGUGCUGGCAACAUCGAACUCUAUAAAAAACUAUACCACAGUAAUACCUGUUCUUCAAAAAAGGUGGUUUCUUUGCGCUGUAUAGCAUGCGGGGCCACCUGGAACACGAGCAGCCACAGCAGGAUUGUGGGUGGCUCGGGCGCCAACCUGGGGGACUGGCCCUGGCAGGUCAGCCUGCAUGUCCAGAAUUUCCACGUGUGUGGAGGCUCCAUCAUCACCCCUGAGUGGAUCGUGACGGCUGCACACUGCGUGGAAGAACCUCUUAACAACCCACGGCACUGGACAGCAUUUGCGGGAAUUCUGAGACAAUCCUUCAUGUUCUAUGGAAGUGGAAACCGGGUGGAAAAAGUGAUUCCUCAUCCAAAUUAUGAUUCCAAGACCAAGAACAACGACAUUGCGCUCAUGAAAUUGCGGACGCCCCUGACUUUUAAUGACAAAGUGAGACCUGUGUGCCUGCCCAACCUGGGCUUGAUGCUGCAGCCGGAACAGCCCUGCUGGAUUUCUGGGUGGGGGUCAACCAAGGACAAAGGCAAGACCUCGGACGUGCUGAACGCUGCCCUGGUGUACCUCAUAGAGCCCUGGAAAUGCAACAGCAAAUACGUCUACAACAACCUGAUCACACCUGCCAUGGUCUGUGCAGGGUACCUACAGGGCACCGUCGACUCCUGCCAGGGUGACAGUGGAGGACCUCUGGUCACUUUGAAGAAUGGCGUCUGGUGGUUGGUGGGAGACACGAGCUGGGGCUCCGGCUGUGCCAAGCCUAACAGACCAGGAGUGUACGGGAACGUGACAGUGUUUGCCGACUGGAUUUACCGACAAAUGAGGGCAGACAGCUGAACAGUAU